UCCAAACUAUUUUUUUGUUCGUACAAUGCAUUUCGUUUUAAAUAUCGACAGAACUUUACAAGUUUUUUGACUAAUUGCUAUGCUUUAUAGUUGCAAUAAAUUUUAAAAUUGUUGAGUACAUAUUAAAUAAUUUGGAAACAUCAUGAUGGAGCAAGACGAUGAGAUAAAAUCCGGUUGUUUAUUAUUUCCUCCAGCCGGAGGAAACAUGUUCAGUAAAUUUCCUAAGAAGAAAAAUUGGCAACAAAAACACUGUAUACUCUACAAUGCCAGUAAACAAGGCAUUGAAAGAUUGGAAAUAUAUGACAACAAGGAAGAUGUCACAACAGGAUCCAUUCCUAAGAUCAUAACUCUUGAAAAUUGCAUAAAAAUAACACAUUCUAGUCCAAAUACUAUUACUAUAUUAAGUAAAUCAUAUACUCAACAAAUUAGUGCUCAGUCAGAAAUGGAGACCUUGGAGUGGGUCUCGGCCUUACAGUCAGUGGCCUUCAAAAACUCAGAUUCUGUACCAAUUAGUUGCGAUGAAGAUAAUGAUCUAUAUUGUUCAUCAGGUGAAGGGGUGUUCUCCGUAAAGAUGUGCUCAUCUGAAGCAUCAAUAAGAUGUGGAUUAGAGCCAAUAAGAUACCUCUUGCUUCUUACUUCAACUGCAAUAGAUCUAAGGGAUGUAAAUGAUAAUAAACUAUACGCUACUUGGCCAUAUAGAUAUAUUAGAAGGUAUGGUUACAGACAGGGUAAGUUUACUUUUGAAGCUGGAAGAAAAUGUGAUACCGGAGAAGGUAUUUUCCAUUUAGAACAUCCUAAUCAAUCAGAAAUUUUCAAAUGUUUGUCACUAAAAAUGAAGACAAUGAAACAAUCAAUUGGCACUGACAAUUUAAACAGUCCAGAACAUACAGAGUUUAAUAUACAGCCAAGUGCAAACUUAUUUCCUGGUUCAAGAAGUCCAUUAGUUGCUGCAAGGCCAGAAGAUUUGAAUUUAAGCUCUUUAUCAUUUAAAACAAAUUCGGCAUCAAGUCAACAAUCUUCUACAUCGGAUACAGCACCUUUACUGAUGCCUAAGCCAGCUCUUAAGCCGAAACCACAGAAGCCUCCGAGAAAGAUCAUAAAUAUUCAUAAACCAAUCAAAGAUCCCUCGUCUUCAACAGAUGACAGUAUAGAUUUUGGUAGAUACAAAAAACUUGAAAAUUUCGAAACACUCGACCAAUCCAAAUCCCAACUGCCAACAGUGCCUUAUGAUAAAGUCGAAGUGCGUAGUGACGCUUGGAAAACAUUUGGUAUUGAUGAUCCAGAUCAUACUGAAUUCACACCUAAUUUGGCCGACAGUCCUAACUGCAUGAAACUUAUAUCAAGAUCACAAGAUAAUUUAAACAGUACAGGCCCUGAAUCUUCCCGUAUCAUUCUUUUACCAUUAAGUCCAGAAGAUGAGAACUAUGACAGGCUGCAAUAUUUUGGCUCCACAAGCAAACUUAAUAAGUCUUCGAGAUAUAAAAAAGUUGAAGCACGUCCUACGACGCUUGCUGUAAACGAUUCAAAGAAUAAAGACACUUGGAAUGAUUACGAUGAAGUUGAGAAUGUUAUGCAAACAGCAAGAUUGGCUGACGAUUCUCAUUUGGGCUAUGGCAUGAUACGGAAACCAAAUACUCCCGGACCUCAGGUACCAACCGCUGCCCAAGCUCAAGCCUUACAAAAUCAAGUUACAUUGGAAGACAUUAACGGAAACUGUAACGGAGUAGAGUAUGCAGUUAUAAGCCGUCCUAAAAGGGUAUGAAAUUCAAUAUUAUUAAAUAACAUGAUUUUAUGAUAGAAGACUGAAAUUUUACAUGAAAUUUAUAAUUUUAAGAGAGUGAAAU